AGCAUAAUCAUAUUUUCUGUCUACACCUUUUGAUGUUAGCCUUACGUUGACUGAGCUAACAUUAACAUACACUGCUGCUAGGUAACUUCAGACUGUUAGUUAAAUAUUUAAUGUAGAACAUUCUGUGUAGCUUACUAAAAAAACAUUAUGUGUAGGCCUACCAUGAAAACGAGUCCACUUUAAACCGCUUUAUUUUCUGUCAGCAAUGUAUGACAAGUAACGCUGCAGUGUGUACGCACCUUUAGUGCUGUCAACGUUAACGUAUGCGAUUUCUUUUUUUUUUUGUCCAGCUUUAAUGUUUUAAAAUAUUUAACACAAUUAACGCUGCAUCCGUUCUUUGUCAUUCUUUAGCUCUUAUUAGUUAUUAGUUUGUCCACCAAAUGCUUUAAACCAUUAAUGUGCGACAAGACAAAAGAGAACGCACUUCAGUAAAUGUCCUCCUCACACGAGACAUAUCCAGCUGCAGACCCGCAGCACCACCAGUUUCAGAACCCCAGCGCCAGAACCUGAAGUGAGGGGCGGAGUUAUUGACAAUGAGACAAGCAUGGCGGAGAGCAUGUAAGAUGACAGCCAAAAUUGCACCUGGCACAUGGGUGCUACUGAAAAACAAGGAUAUCCCCCAACAGAUUGGUGGUGUAGACUGUGGAGUCUUCAUGUUGAUGUAUGCUCUACAUCUUGUCUUGGGAGCACCCUUUGAUUUUACAUCUUGCGACUUUCCAAACAUACGGAGAUGGUGGGCUCUUAUUCUUCUGGAGAACUUUGGGGUUUUCUCUGAAAGUGCAGUAACCCUACAAGAGUCCCUUCCAUGUGAAGAACAAGCUACACUUAGCAGCAGUGAGGCGGAGCUCCCAAUAAUCCAGCACAUGAAAGAAGCUGUGAAAUGGCUCCAUUCCAACAGCCAUCUGCUCAGGGGUCUAGUGGAAGAGCCUCUUUUAAUUCGAAUGAAUGAAGACCACAAGGAAAAGGCCCGCAACAAUCUCCUGGAACAGUCAGAAGCUUCCAGAGAGCCCUUUCUAUUUCAUUUUGUGUUCAGGGAUGACAUGGAGUUAUUUUUACAAGAAUGUAAGGACAAAAUGGGCCUGAGAGUGAAUGCCUCAUUUGAUACAUUUUAAUUUUUAAUUUUAAUUUAUACAGGAUUGUCAUGAUAAAAUGGGCCUA